CAACGGAUGGCUGAUCUUGAUAGAGGACAUUGUACGGCAUACCUCGUACAACUGAAGAUAUCCGCAGAGGAACCUAACCCGGCCGCACAUCAGCGCAUGUCGUGUCACACUCACACACCGGCCUAUCUUCUUCCUCAGAAACGCAAAGUUAAAUGAUUGGGUUUCCAUUCCCAUUUCCUUCCACGCGUACGUAUCCAUCUUCUUCCAAGACAGUCGAUUCCUCCAUCGACCCCCAGCAAUGGCAUGUCACUCGUCCUCCUCCCGCCUCCGCGUCCUCGACACCGCCCUCGUCACGCCGUCCGGCCCUUCGCUGCCGCCGUCCUCCCUCCCGCUCACCUUCCUCGACCUGCAAUGGAUCCAUUCCCCGCCCGUCGAGCGCAUAUUCUUCUACCACAUCGGCGCCCCGCAUGCCGACCUCGUCGUCUCCAGCCUCAAGGCCUCGCUCUCCACGGCUCUCCGCGCCUUCUUCCCGCUCGCCGGCUGCCUCCGCGCCACCACCGCCACCGGCCGCCCCGACAUCUUGUACGAGCCCGGGGACGGAGUUACCUUCACACUCGCGGAGUACGACGCCGACCUCAGCGAUCUUGCAUCCGACCAUCACUCCAGGCAGGUCGCCGAGCUCGCGCAGCUCGUCCCGCGCCUAGGGCACGCCGACGCCGACGGAGGCGCUGCGCUUCUCUCUGUGCAGGCCACCGUGCUGCUGCCGCGCGGCGACCUCGCGCUCGGCGUCACGGUGCACCAUGCCGCCUGUGACGGCGCGGGCUCCGCCAGCUUCCUCCACACCUGGGCGGCCGCCUGCGUUGGAGUGGACCAGCCGCUCCCUCCGGCUCCUGUCAUCGACCGGACGCUCAUCGCCCAGCCGCCAGGCCUCUACAACCACUACAUGAGCAACCUGCCGAGCACCGACGAGAUCGAGUUCGUCAAGAUGUCGCCGGACCAGCUCCUCGCCACGUUCACCCUGUCCAGCGAGCAGCUGCGGGGCGUCAAGGACGCCGUCGCCGGCGAGGCCGCGCGGCGUGGCCAGACGCCGCCAAGGUGCUCGACGCUCGUCGCCGCCUUAGGCUUCAUCUGGUCGUGCUACCGCCGAGCCAAAGCAGAGACCGGUGAUGGCGCUGCGGAUCCCCAAUCACCAACAUACUUCAUCGUCCCCGUGGACCACAGGCAGUUGAUGAAGCCACCGGUGCCGGCAACGUACUUGGGCAACUGCAUCGGCCCGGCCAUCGGCGCCGCGGCCAAGGAGGAGCUCGCCUCGGCCGGCGUCGAAGGGCUCUUCACGGCGUGCGCGGCGAUAGCGGCGGGCAUCGAGAAGGCGGUGGGCUCGCCGGGGUGGGAGACGAUGGCGGAGCGCGUCAAGGAGGCCGGGGCGCGCGGCGUGCUGUCCGUGGCCGGGUCCCCGAGGCUCCGUGUGUACGACGUCGACUUCGGGUUCGGCCCCCCGGCGAAGGUGGAGAUCGUAUCCGUGGCGAGGACCGGGGCCAUGGCGGUGGCGGAGAGGCGCGGAGGAGGCAUGGAGGUGGGCAUGUCGCUGCCGCCGGCCGGCAUGGCGGCGUUCCGGAGUUGCUUCGCGGAUGGUGUCGCGUGCCUCUCGUCAUCGCACAGUACACACGAUCGUUGAUGGAUUGCCAAGUUAUUACUGUCAUCGAUCGAGCCACCAUCCAUGGUUAGCUCCUGGUCGUGGUCUGAGGAGUGUGUCGAAGUGAUCGUGUGUUGUGCCCGAUCAACGUCUUGAUUGAGUGACUAGUGAAAAUGGUCAUGUUGAAUAGUUGUUGAGAAAAGCGACCAGCGUGCCGUGUCGUUUGGGGAUUUUGCCCUGUCGUGUCAUAUGUUCCGUGUAAAAACGAAAUGAUUUUCUAUUUGCUUUA